AUGACUUUUCUUUAUAAAGCAAAACGCGUUUGCCUGCCGCUCAGUUCACCGGUGAUACAGCGUUUUGAAAUUAGACAUAAAAUACGCCCUCUUUAUCAUUGUUAUUCCAUAUCUCAUCAAGAGCUGACGGAUAAGAUGCCUACCGAAAAAACGUUGCCACAAAUAUUUAAAUAUGUUGAUCAAAACACAGAAUCUUACAAGAAAUUACUGAAAGAGGCUGUAGCAAUUCCAUCUGUGUCUUGUGAUGCAAAAUAUCGGGAUGAUUGUGUUCGAAUGGUUCAAUGGACUCAAGAAAAGUUGAGAGAAGUUGGUGCCAGCACCGAGCUGCGCGAUAUUGGUUUCCAAAAUAUGGAAGGUAAAGAAAUUAAAUUACCGCCCGUUCUUGUUGGGACUUUGGGAAAUGACCCUAAGAAGAAUACAAUCUGUAUAUAUGGACACUUGGAUGUACAACCUGCCUUAAAAUCUGAUGGAUGGGAUUCUGAACCUUUUGAACUAGUUGAGAGAAAUGGAAAGCUGUUUGGGCGUGGUUCUACAGAUGAUAAAGGGCCAGUUUUGGGAUGGCUGCAUGCUAUUAAUGCUAUCAAAGGUGUUGGAGAAGAGCUACCGGUGAACCUAAAGUUUGUAUUUGAAUGUAUGGAAGAAUCUGGUUCGGAAGGUCUUGAUGAGUUGCUAAUGGACAAGCUGAAGCCCGAAGGUUUCUUUGAUUCCGUGGACUAUGUGUGCAUAUCUGAUAAUUAUUGGCUGGGGACCACAAAACCAUGCAUUACAUAUGGUCUACGUGGAAUCAGUUAUUACUUUUUGGAAGUUGAGUGCGCGAAGAUGGAUUUACACAGUGGUGUCUAUGGUGGAACAGUACAUGAAGCGAUGACGGACUUGAUAUACCUGAUGAACACAUUGGUGGACAAGGAUGGAAAAAUUUUGAUAACCGAUGUCUACAAGUCUGUGGCACCUUUGACAGACAGUGAAAUGAAGCUGUAUGACACAAUCGACUUUGACCCGGAAGCGUACAGGAAAGCCAUUGAGGCCUACAAACUACCACACAAUGGUGUUAAGGAACAGCUCUUGAUGCACAGAUGGAGGUAUCCAAGUCUAUCUCUUCAUGGUAUUGAAGGUGCCGCCUUCCAGCCUGGUGGGAAAACCGUAAUACCUGGAAAGGUGAUUGGAAAGUUUUCCAUUCGUCUGGUUCCGGAUCAAGAGCCUGCUGAAAUUGAGAAGCUGGUGUUCGACUACGUUCAUAAGAAGUGGGCUGAACGCGGCUCCCCUAACAAGAUGCGCAUCUGGGCGCAGAGUGGUCGCGCGUGGACUGAGAACCCAGAUCAUCCCCAUUACCAGGCAGCUGCUCGGGCUACCAAACUCAUUUACCAGACUGAUCCCGACAUGUCCAGGGAAGGUGGUUCCAUUCCCGUAACAAUAACGUUGCAAGAGGCGAGCGGAAAGAACGUGCUGCUGUUGCCCAUGGGCGCUGGAGACGACAUGGCGCAUUCGCAGAACGAGAAGUUAAAUGUUCGCAAUUAUAUUGAGGGGAUUAAACUGUUUGCUGCAUACCUGUACGAAGUGGGAAAAUUGGCGAAGUAG